CAGCCACUCCGAAACUCUCGCCCUGUGAAGCUCUGAGAGCCAUUUUUGUUUCAUGGCAGAGAUAGCUCGGUGGGUCUCGUUUCAAUGCUCUCAGAAAGGACUCGGUAAAAGACACCUGAAGUCCCUAUGCAUACGAGCUUUGAAGGUGCACCAUGAAUUGUGAAGAUCUGGGCAUGUUAAGGGUAGUUCACUCCUGGGCCAGAUUUGCUCCAGCGGGUCAAGCUGCCCUUGAUGAAGCCCUGAGAGUCUUUAACCCUAUGUCAAAGGAUUUGUCAGACACUGAGAGACAAAUGGUGUCCUUUCUUCAAGAGCUAAAGAAAGAGGGAGCCAAGCCUGUGAUAUUGAGGAGCAAAGAUGUGUAUGGAUAUACGUCUUGCACUACACAGCCCCUAACAUCCAAGAUGGGUAGCAAGGUUCCUAGAGUUCAGAAACCCUGCAAGAAGCGAGGACGAAAAGGGUUAACCAAGGUCAGGGACGUAAAUUACUCCGUCCUCAGUAGAGCAGCCAAGGAUAUUCUCCAAAACCAACCCAAGAUCCUGCUUACUAACCUCUCGGUGGACACUCUUAAGCAGAACACUGCAUCAUCAAUAGUACAUAAACGUUCUGUUCAAGAGCAGCAGUGCCUCAAGCUGACAAAUAUAAAGGGAUUGACUGGGGGCCACACUGCAAGGCUGCAGAUUCACUUUGGAGGAGAUUCCCGAAGCACACCCAGUCCUGCUUUGAGGCGACCACCAGACCUCUCUGGAAUUCCGUACUCUCCCACGGAAAAUGGCAGUCCGAUAUCAAACGUUGUUGCCUUGGACAACAAACGUGUUUUGUCUUGUCCAUUCAAAGUAGACGAUGCCCUCAUUGGUGACUCAGCCCCAGUCGUCUGUCAAAAUGGGUACAGUCUUAAAGAUGGUAGCAUUUAUAAAAAGAUCAAAACCGUAGGUAAACCUGAUGCGAUGACAAGGGGUCUAGACAAUGGGUCAGUGAGGAGGCUCCAUUUCCAAAGCUUCAAGUGGACCCAUUCAACACUCACCAAUGGUCAAGAUGUCUCUAGACUGAAUGGAAAUGGUCUCGAGUGGAAGGUUAUAAAAGUAGACGAUUCAGUCCCAGACGAGGAAGUGAGAAGGAAGGCACAGAAAAUCUUGCAAGUUAAUUUGUCGCCUGUGAUACAGAUCCAUCCUCUUGUUGACUCUGUAUAGACCCUUGCUGACCCCUUUUUUUUUUUUUUUCUCCUGUUUUGUUAAAAUUUCUUGUUUUGCAGUGUUGCAUUUUGGAAAUGGACUGUAGUUUGAACUCUGGAUGGGAGCAUUGCAGUGACCUCCAAAUGUUGCAUUAUCGUCUAGUAGUACUGACAUCAGAAUCCAAAGAUGGGAUGUUUUUUUUCUGUUCUCACAGUAUUUUAUUGCCCCAACACAUCCCAACACCCACUGUUUGGUUUAAAUUUUAUCUAUUUUUAUCUAACUUCUGAAGGAUUGGACUAACGAACAAACCCUUAUUUAUGACUAUGCAGUUCCCAGAGUUCUCUUUUUGUUGGAACCUUGUCGUCUUGGACUGCUAGCUAACUGGACAAUGGGAACAGACUGAAUUUAUAGAGUGAUUUAUUACAUGCUACUGCUUAAAAAACAAUGACACCCAAAUCUGGGUUGUCGUAGUUGGUCUUUUUCUAUGUUCCUGGUUCCUGUUGAUGUCUAUCACAGUAUCAUCCAGAUUUUUGACAUCACCAGUUUUGUAAUAUGAUAGUCUGCCGGCAUAGACUGCAUAUUAUGUUUUUGUUUAGAUUCUAACAUGUUCAAAUUGGGGUCACGUUUUUCAUAUUAAUUUAAUUUCAGGGCAAAAUAAAUGGCCUUAUUCUUUAAGAAGUGUGAAAAAGAAAAAAGUCUUUGUUCUCUUUCCUUCCUGAUGUACUUGUUUCUUUCUACACUCGUUCUUUAUAAAUCCCUGUAUUUUUCUUCGAAUGUGCCAACCCUGGUAAUUAGUUUCUCAAUUGUUUUGCUGGUGCCAUGACCACAAAGAAUUGCAAAAAAAUUAAAAAAAAUGCAUAGUUUUCUGCAUCCUGUCAAGCAGUGGACAGCUAGUCCAUUUAGUUGAAAGUACCUCAAACACUUGAAUGGGAAAAUGUUUGUUGUUAAUCCUACAGUUAAUUAUUUAUAUUGUUCAUUCCAAGCAUCCAGGAGUUGUUGGUCCAUAUCUAUGUUUAAUGGUUUAUGGCCAUCUUUGAAAAAAUCGCUUUGCAAGCAUGCUGAAAAUUUUAAAUUGACCCACAAUAUGACUAGACAAACCAGAGAGUCGCAAAUGAACCCACUGUCUUGAUCCAGCACUAGGUUUCAGCAGCAAUAAAGGCAAGUUCUAUUAAAAAACAAAAAAAACAAUAUCCAGACAGUGUCAUAUUGGAACAAGUCAGAUCUUCCAUUAAUGCUUGGUCAAGGUGUUUCAUUAAUGUCAACUUUCUGGUUUACCAGGUUUCAUUUGUUAAGGGAAAUUUAUAAUUCAUGUGCAUAAAGCAGAAAUUUUAAGGCACAUGCAGGCACAUGAGAUGCUUAAGAAGAUCUAAAUUAACAUUCGGCAAUGCCUAAGGCCUUUGGCUGAUUUGAAGUUUUUUCCCAAAGAAAAGCAGUUAACGGCAACGCAGCAGUUUAUCAGUGCAACAAAGCAAACAUUUAAAAAAAUUAAUGUUAGAAAUCCUUUGUUACGAGUUAAUGCCAACCAACAUGGGUCCUUUUAUAAAUCAUCUAUCCACACGUGAAAUAAGACUUAUUUUCUUGUUAAUCAAAUUGGUUCUUUUCAUGCAGUUGAAUCUGUGACACUCAAAAGCUGUAAAUGUCAGUGUUGUAUCUUUAGUUACUGUUACCAAGUUGUGAAUUAAAAUAUGUUUAAAAAAUGUUGGUGUGGAUUACUGAGGUCUUGGUGGGGUAGCGACAGAAAACAACAGUCAACGUAAUCCGUGAGACAUUAUGAAAUUAUUUAGGCCUACAUUGCUGCAAUUACUUAUAUGACCUUACCUGCUAUUAUAAUGGUCUUUUCGCAAAAUGAAUUAUUCCGACUUUAAAAUCGCUAAUUGAGAGAAUUGUUUUUGUGAUUAUUACUAAUAAUGCAUUUAAUUUUCUAUUGAACAUUGGUGCAUUUUUUCAUAUUGCUGUUGCCACCGCAUUUAAAGGGAUUUUAGGCACUGUUUUACGUUGUGCCUAACGACACCCCAGUUAAAACUGCAUAGCCUCCCGUUGCUUAACAGUCUGGGAGAAUGGUACGUAAUUAGUAUGCGAUUGUUUUGUUGCACUUAUUUUUACUGCAAAUCAAAUUAUCUACAGUGCCUAUAAAAUUUUCACCCGUCUUAGACUUUUAUCAUUUUGUGUUAACACAACAAAAAUAAUUUCCUAAUGUGUAUUUUUGUCUUGUUUUCAGUCAAAUAUCUAAACAUUCUAGGAAGAAGAUGCAUUUACAUGAUCACAUUAUUUUUUCCUGUUUUAAGCAUAAUUAAUAAUUUUGAGGUUCAUGCUAAACACUAAAUUACAUUUUGCCAAGGGGGUUAGAAAAUAAACGUAAUUCAAAAUCGUAUGCGAUUUUGCUUCUCAAGUAAAUUUAUUUUAAGGAUGGUUAGCUAUUUUAUCAAAUAAAUACUGAUUUUACCACACAUUAAAAUUA